AUGCAAAGAAAGAUAGAAUGCUAUAAUAAAGGACUAUUUAAUUCCAUGUUGUAAUUUGAACCCAAAUAACGAUCCAAUGGUAAGACUAGUUUAGGAACUGGAUCUUUUGGAACAGUCAAUUUAGUUUAGAAUCUUAAAUCACAAUAACUUUAUGCUAUUAAAUCCAUUUAAUAAUGCAAUAUACAAACUCCGUAUGAAUAGGAAGGAGUGGAAAGAGAAAUAAAAGUCCAUUUAAAAUGUAGACAUCCAAAUAUAGUAAAUCUAUAUGACAGUUUUAUUGAACAUGGAAAUGUUUAUAUGGUUUUGGAGUAUGCAGAGAAUGGGAAUUUAUAUAAUUAUGUAUAAAAACGAAAGAGAUUAGACGAAAAGGAAGCUUGCAAAUAUUUCAUAUAAACUUGUAAAGCAUUGCAAUAUCUACAUGAAAUGAAUGUUUUCCAUCGAGACAUUAAACCUGAAAAUUUGUUGCUUGAUAAUAAUAAUGAUAUCAAAUUAUGCGAUUUUGGUUGGUGUGCUGAAAAUAUUCAUUUAAAGAGAAAGACCUUUUGUGGAACUUAUGAAUAUAUGGCACCAGAAAUUGUAUCUGAUUUGCCAUAUGACUAUAGAAUAGACAUCUGGUCAGUCGGAGUAUUGCUGUAUGAAUUAUUGCAUGGAUAUGCUCCAUUCAAAGGCAAGGAAUACAAAGAAAUUUCAUAGAAUAUUAAAAAUGGAUUAAUUAGAUAUUCUAGUUCAAUUAAUUAGGAUGCUUAAGAAUUGAUAAAGAAUAUAUUACAAAAAGAUCCUUCAAUGAGACUUUGUUUCAAAGAUAUUUAUUAAUCUGCAUUCGUUUUGAGAUGCUUUCCAUAAUAAUAACAAGCUUAAUUGAAAAUAUCAAUAUCUCCUAAAUCUAGUGUUUCUGUGGAUCAGAAUUCUAUUCAAAAAUAUCAAUCUCCAUUAAUCACUCAUAAAUAAUAUCCAAAUGGUAGACAAAAUCAAAUUAAUACUAAUAACAAUGUUAAUAAUUCUUCUUCUUAGAGUAUCAAAUCUCCUAAUAUUUAUAAAACUACACUUGAUUCUAAAAAGUAAUCACUCAUAUUGGAUGAUAUAAAAAAGAAAAUCAUAUAUGAAUAAACUAGUCCAUUAAGAGAUGCUACAAAUAUGCACAAACGAAAUCAAGUUAGUUUGACUAACCUAAUAAAAAGUUCAAAUACAUAAUUUAAUGCAAUAAAAAGUCCUUAACCUAAAUCUAUUCAAUUGAGUAAAUAUGGCUCUAAAUCAAAAAAUUUCGAUGAGAAUGGAAGUGUAAAAUUACUAGAAUAGUUUAAAUCAAUGCCCUCUUUCACAAUUGAAGAUUAAUAACAAACAUAUGAAGAGGAGCAGAGAUUAAAUUUAAAAACUGAUCGAGUUAAAGGAUUUAAGAAAGAGCCCCAAUCAUCAUUGGAUAUUGACAAGAUCUUAAAGAUGUAUCUAAGCAUGUGUAGCAGCAGAUCAUGA